AUGUCACUCAUGCGGCCUCGUCUUGGUUUUCCAGCGUUACGCUCAUUCAGAUGCGGCCGAGUUUCAAUUGCAGCACCGUCGAGGCGGAAUUUCCACGCGUCAAAUCCAAAUCGAAUUAUAGACUCAUCUAUUCUUGUUGCCCAUGAUGUUAUCCAGGGAUUCCAUUCCAUCACUGGCCUACCUUGGGUGCUCUCAAUUCCACUUACGGCUAUUACUGUACGGUGCUGUGUCGCUUUGCCGCUUCAAAUCUGGUCAAUUCUAAAAACUCGGCAAUUGCAAAGGCUGAACCCACUUCUCCUUACUUGGAGCAGAGUCUGUCAAAAAAAGGCCAUGGACGAAGCAAUCAUGAAAGGACGACACCUUUUCCCCAAAACAAUAGAGGCUUCCUGGCAGCAAGACUUCAAGCUGAAGAGGAAGGAGCUUUAUAAGAGGUGGAAGAUUCGUCCCUGGGCAAGCUAUGCGAGUAUUUUGCAACUUCCCGUAUGGCUUGCUAUGAUGGAGAGCUUAAGAAGAAUGGUUGGGAUGUCGGGAGGCCUUCUAUCUAUCAUUCAAUCGUGGAUCGAAUCUAAAGUGGACGGAGCCCGAAUUAUCGAGGUUGAACCGUCCAUGGCAAUAGAAGGCGCAUUGUGGUUUCCCGACCUCCUCAUAGGUGAUCCUACACAUGCGCUCCCCGUCAUUCUUGCGGCCACAAUGUUCACCAAUGUUACUUGGGGCUGGAAGGUCAAAUCUGCGGCCGAAAUCUCUAAGCUGCAGCGAAGUGAAGCAAUUCGAGAAAGGGCAUUCAAGAUACUGAAGCGGGUUUUACAGGGUCUGUCUAUAUGGCUGGCGCCGGUUAUGAUAUAUUCCCAAGCCCCAGCGGGCCUGUUGAUAUACUGGAUCUCGAGUUCAACCUUUGCAACUGCGCAGACACAAAUAGUGCGCAGAGUUAUGCAAACCAAGGCACCACCAGCGCCUUGCCGUGAAAAGAGUGUAGGGAGCAUCCAUGAUAAGACCUCUACGGCAUUCAAAUGA